UACAAAGAUACACAGUCCUCCUCUGUAUUCUUAAAACAAUGGACUUCCACAACCACAGGUGAGCCAAUCAUAACGUUUUUAUCAGAUGCCAAGGCAAAGAGCAGGUGCAAUCCACAGCAUGGACGAUAGUACAGUAGCACCUCCAAGUAAACUUCACUAAGCUCACUCUCAUCUGAAGCAGAACACACAACACAUUUUAACUGACGCAUCACGGUAAAAUUCCAGAGCUGUAAAAUUUGUAAAGCCCCUGUAACUGUAACACUGCAGACAAACACCCUCCCCUGGUUCCUCACUGUGUCUCACUGCAGCAGUGCAGCAUCAACAUGCAGUGACAACCUCUCAAACUGCUUAAAUACAGCACCCGGCCUCUCGCAACCACUAACCACAGCUCCACCCCCUGCUCCGAUCCUGAUCAAGCUCUCUUCCAGCUCCAGCUUCACCGCACCUCGCCGGCCCGGCCAUGGAGGCAGCAGUAGAGUGCGCCAAGUGCGAGUGCUGCGGCCUGGUAGAGGACUGCACCCGUGAUUACAUCCUGGGCGUGCGCGCCGCCUUCGGCGGGCGGUGGCUCUGCGGCCUCUGCUCGGAGGCGGUGCGGGACGAGGCGGCGAGGGGCACGACGGCGACGAAGCCGAGGGGCCCUGGCGCUGGCGCUGGCGCCGCCGGCGCGGCGGGGCUGGAGGAGGCGCUCAGGGACCACAUGGCCUUCUGCGGCAAGUGCCGGCGGAGCCCCGCGUUCCGGGUCGCCGACGGCAUGCGGCAGAUGCUGCGGAGGUGCUCCAAGUGACGGCGCUGCGUUCUGCAUCGCAUUGCGCGACGCGGCGUCGAUCCGAUCAGAGCGUCGUCUAGCGAGUCUUGAAGAAGACGAACAGCCGAACAAGAUGAACACGCCAUUAUCUGUGCAAGUAAGCUAGCACUAUGUGGAAGGAAAUGGCACGGCGGUUUUGGCGUGUUAGUGAUAUCCGUAGGUGUUGUAAGCUAAGCUAGAACGCUACUAGUAGAUCUUAGCUAAGUCAUCAGUGCCGUCGUUAGCAAUUGGAGUCUUAGGAUUGGAAGGCGUCCGUACAUUCUUCAGGGCUUCAGACUACAGCACUGUUUCAAUAAGCAAAAACUAGUAAAGUACGUGUAUGAUUUUCACGGAGCAGAAAAUAGUGCUCCUGCAAUGCAUAUUUCUUUCAGUGAGAGAGGGUAAGAUGACCAUUUCUGGCUCUCUCUCGUUCUCGUAUC